AUGUCAUCAGGUGCACUGGACACUAUAAUUGAAUUGGCAUCUCAAUACAAAAGUGAAUUUGAGACCACCUUCUAUGAAUUGAAAAAACGGGCGGCUAUAUUAAGCAAAUCUACUGGAAAGGAGAAAACUUUUGAUCACUUUGUUGCUAUUCAUGAAAAAUUGAAAAAACAUCGCGAUGAAAUAAUCGCAACCAUUCGGGACACUCAGACAGCACUUCCCGAACUUGAUACUACAAAACUAAUGAGCACGUUCGCCUGGAUGGCGGUUGUGCUGCUCGGCUCAAGUCUUGGAGCAAUCUUUGGUGGAAUUGUUCUUCCUCCUUUGAUUGGAUUCUUCUUGAUGACUUCAGAUGCUGCGUUGAUGGCUUAUGUGAUCCUCCCACUAGCUACUUAUUAUUUCUUGCAGUUGCCGAUGGAAAGCAGUUUGCAGAAUGAUUUACUUCGACGACAUGUUUUAUUCACCUUUGGUGCAGUUGAGGGAUUCUUGACUGGAUAUAUUUUUGCAAAUAAAGAUCUAAUUGGUACUCCACCAAUUGCUGCCUUAACUCCUGUAGCCAUUGGUAUUAUUCCUCACUUAGGGUCAUCAGUGAUUGGUCAAGACCGAUCAAAACUGAUUUGGUUAACUAUUGGAGGAGGGUUCAUCCUUCAUCUUUCUCUGGGAACAAUCAUCGAACUUUCAUUACCUUAUCUCCUUUUAACUGCACUUUAUGGCCUCAUUGGCUUUGCUAUUUUGCAGCUUUAUGUCAGCAACGUCCAAAAAGAAUUUGUCAGUUUCUUAUUUUAA